UCUUUAUUUUUGUAUAAUCACGUGAAAAUGCAGAUAAAUAACAAUAUCCUUCCAUGUCCCUAAUAGCUGAUGGGCAAGUAUCGAGGAUCGCGGAGAAAAGUAUUUCUCGAUGCAAUCCGUUUAGAACUUCCGAAAAUCUCAUCGAGAAAGGUAAUGUUAAGGAGAGCAAAGAAACGGCGUAGAGUUUGGCAUAACUCGAGUGUAGCCUAAUUACACACUGAUUUUUUAAUAAGAAAAUGAAUGCCGUUAUUGCGAUGUGCACGUUCUGUGAGAUGCAUGGUCCUAGGGUAAUAUUUACUACUCAGACGUACCAUAACUUUGACGAUCGAAACAUGGAAAGACUCAAGUUCUAUGGACCGAAAGAGGUCCUCCGGCAGAACCAGAUGUCUUCCGAGGACUGUCAGCGGGAAUGCGACGGAUGCCAGAGCAUGGGUAACGUUAAAUACUUGAGCAAUGAUCACGAGACAAGAACGUCUUUCCUUUCGGCACAGCGGCCAUUGUUGCACGAGGUUAAUCUUUCUCUAAAGCAAGCUUGCAUCAGGAGUUUGAGCUGCGAGGUGCAUCCUGGAAAAGAGGGUGUGUGUUACUUUGGAGAUGAUUAUCGAGGACACGUCCUGAGCCACACGUUCACGUUAAAGGAUGCUCAAGCUCGAGGUUUAAGGAGAUGGUGCAGUUUUAUAGUCUUCAUGAGAGACAAGCAGUUUCUCUUGAACAUGUGGCCCUUCUUGGUUGACAAUUUAAAGGAGGUCAUCAGGGAAUUGCAGGAUUAUGCAGAGAGGAAGUAUAACGCUGAAGAGGCUGAAUGUCCCCAGAGGGUCGUUCGGUUGUCCACAGCGAGUGGUGGUUCCGGUUCGCAAUCUAAUUCUAAUAAGCAACCCAGAACUUUGUGUGAAAUCACAAACGAAAAACACGUUUUCGUUAGGAUUCACAUGUGGCUCGUUUGGAUUCUCAGUGCUGGCGCGAGGCACUUUGUAGAAAUUCUGCCAAUGAGUUUGCUAGACGAGGAACUUAAUAACAACGUGGAUCAUCAUAUAGAGACCGAACAAGGUUUCACCCUGGUAAAUGCCAAGUCACUAGUGGAUACGAACCUGAAUAGCAUAGAAUCAACCCCCUGUCCAGAAUUUGCCGAGAUAACGGGAAAGACUCCUACGAGCAUCCUGAGAGAUCUUAGGAGGGUUCUCGGAAGAGAUCAGUUUAGGCAGAUAUUAUAUUCGACCCUGAUCGGAGUGCAGAUUUUGGUUCGAGGGCCUCGAUGUCAGACCAUCGAGUCACUUUACGGUCUAAGCUCUCUAGUUCCAAAAGCUUGUCGCAGAGUCCAAACCCAGGCAACCGAAUACAUGGACCCAAAUGCCUGCAACUUCAUCGGAGUAGACACUUUGGUGGCAGUACCCUUGCCCUGUGCUAAUGUUUGCAGACUCGAUGUCGUGCCUGCCGAGCACAUGCCGGCGGGGACCAAAUCGCAUAUCGUCAAAUGGACCGGCAACGUGCCCGCUAAACUGCCCACGCUUUUGAAUAAAUUGGAAAAAUCCUUAGACAACGAAAAACUUCCCGAUUCCGUCUUGAGGGCACACUUCGCUGCUCUCCAAGAAGAAUGGGCCAACAUCGCAAAGGUGGUACACGCGAUGCGCGGUCGUGGCCAUCGAGGGGAUCUCCUGGGUCUCAUGAUCAGUUUAGGAGCCGGAGCUCAUGACCAGAAAUUGCUGGAUGCUUGGUCCAUGGGUUUACCGUCAAAUCCGGCGUAAACUAUGGGAAUUCACGCCACAUACUUACAGAGCUGCUACGCAAACGAACGGCACAUCCCUGGAACUCGCGACACGCAUCGAUGGCGAAUCCAUCGAUUCCGCGAUCAAGUUCCUCGUCCUCGUGGCGACGUUAGAGCUCGUUUACGGUUGUGCUUCAUUUUCUAUUUAUGAAUUCUAGGAAGGAAUUAGGGUAAGUUAUCGCGCAACGGCGCUCGACUCCGUGCCUGCUUUGCACGCUAAUAAAUUAUUCUUCGUA